UGUGCGUGCGCGUGUGUGUGUGCGCGUGCGUGUGUGUGUGCGUGCGUGUGUGUGUGUGUGCGCGCGCGUGUGAGGGGCCAACCCUGGAAAGGAAACCGCGGCCUGGCAAAGGAGAAGAAAGGAGCCGCCCCCUGCGUCGCCAGCCCCCUCCCCACUUCCGUCCUGCGCGCCGCUCCCUUCCCCCGCCUCUGGCCUCGGGGAGCGAGCAGCAGCCGCUCGGGCGGAGCGGGAGGAGCUGGCAGCGGGAGGAGCAUGCCAGGCGGGCGUCCUCAGGGCGCCCCGGCCGCCUGUGGCGGCGGCGUGGGCCACUGCGCAGGCAGCCGGGAUUGCUUACCGCCUGCAGCAUGCUUUCGGAGGCGGCGCCUGGCACGGAGACCAGGCUACAUGAGAAGCUCGACAGGGCCCGGGAUUGGGUUCCUUUCCCCAGCAGUAGGCACACUGUUCCACGUCCCAGGAGGGGUGUCUGGUGAGGAGUCCCACCACUCGGAGUCCAGAGCUAGACAGUGUGGCCUUGACCCGAAAGGCCUCUUGGUUGGGAGCCCUGUUUCCGAGAGCAUAGCAGCCCCUGCUGUGACCUCUGUGAGAGGAACCUCAGCACACUUUGGGAUUCAGCUCAGAGAUGGCACCAGAUUGCCUGACAGGCUAAGCUGGCCUUGUGUUGGGUGGCAGCAAGAAUUUUCAGCCAUGGACAGUUCUGAGACCCUGGAUGACAGCUGGGAGGCAGCCUGCAGCGAAAGAACAAGCAGUACCCAGGCAGCAGGCUCUCUGCCAUCAGCGGAGUUGAGUAGCUGCAGCCCUGGCUGUGCCCCUGAGGCCCCCUCCGCCCCUCCUGGCUCUCAGAGUGCCUUUGCCUCAAGCUUUAGCUUUAUUCGGCUCUCGCUUGGUUCUGCUGGGGAACGUGGAGAAGCAGAAGGCUGCCCACCAUCCAGAGAGACUGAGUCCCCUUUUCAGAGCACCCGGGAUAUGGGAGCCAAAACUGCCAGCUUGAACGAGCCUCAUGAAGACCCUCGAUGUCUCCCUCAGCCCUUCAGUCUCUUGGCUCCACGGGUCUUGGCAGACUCAGCCCAGGCCACAGGGAACAGCUCCAGGCCAGAACGUGAGAUGCAUUCCUUACGGGAUAUGGAUCUUGGAUCCUCCAGUUCUCUGGAUCCCUCAUUGGCUGGCUGUGGUGGUGAUGGGAGCAGUGACUUGGGGGAUGCCCACUCUUGGGACGCCCUGCUCAGGAAAUGGGAGCCAGUGCUGCAGGACUGCCUGCUGAGAAACCGGAGGCAGGUGGAGGUAAUAUCUUUAAGAUUAAAGCUUCAGAAACUUCAAGAAGAUGCAGUUGAGGAUGACGAUUAUGAUAAAGCUGAGAUGUUAAAACAAAGAUUAGAAGACCUGGAACAAGAGAAAAUCAGCGUGUACUUUCAGCUUCCUUCAAGGCAGCCAGCUCUUAGCAGCUUCCUGGGUCACCUGGCAGCACAAGUCCAGGCUGCCUUGCGCCGUGGGGCCACUGAGCAGGCCAGUGGAGAUGGCACCCAAGCCCCACUCAGAAUGGAGCCCAGGCUGUUGGAACCCACUGCUCAGGACAACUUGCACGUGUCCAUCACGAGACGAGAUUGGCUUCUUCAGGAAAAGCAGCAAUUACAGAAAGAAAUCGAAGCUCUCCAAGCAAGAAUGUCUGUGCUGGAAGCCAAAGAUCAACAGCUGAGAAGGGAAAUCAUGGAGCAAGAGCAGCAACUCCGGUGGCAGGGCUGUGACCUGACCCCGCUGGUGGGCCGGCUGUCCCUGGGUCAGCUGCAGGAGGUCAGCAAGGCCUUGCGGGACACCCUGGCCUCAGCCGGUCAGAUUCCCUUCCAUGCAGAGCCACCAGAAACCAUAAGGAGCCUCCAGGAAAGAAUAAAAUCCCUCAACUUGUCACUUCAAGAAAUCACUACCAAGGUGUGUAUGAGUGAGAAAUUCUGCAGCACCCUGAGAAGGAAAGUUAACGAUAUUGAAACGCAACUACCAGCCUUGCUUGAAGCCAAAAUGCACGCCAUAUCAGGAAACCAUUUCUGUACAGCUAAGGACCUCACCGAGGAGAUUAGAUCAUUAACAUCAGAGAGAGAAGGGCUGGAGGGACUCCUCAGCAAGCUGUUGGUGUUGAGUUCCAGGAAUGUCAAAAAGCUGGGAAGUGUUAAAGAAGAUUACGACAGAUUGAGAAGAGAACUGGAACACCAGGAGGCCGCCUAUGAUUGCAGAUCCAGGCCUUGAACCUUCUGCUUCUUUAUUCACUUUCCAAAUUAAUGAGAGUAGUGGUAAGUUUGACUGUCUUUCUUGGAAGAUGCUUGAGUUGUCUGAGUCAGAUAUUCAGAUUGGAGUGUCAGCAGACAGAACAAUAUGAUAAUAGAAAAGGAACUGAAAUAUGCCAAGGUAGUCAAGGGCAGGAGGAGACAGACGUCAUCACUGAAUCCAUUGGCUUUUGUCACCAAGACACAGUCUCUAUAAAGAGAUGAUAAGAAUUGCACUUUAACUCCUGUCAGCUGUUUUUAAGACUUCAGGAUAAUGCAUUUGAAUUCUGAGCAAUGCUAAGUGCAGUGAAAUAGAAGGAAAAGCUAAAUCAAUCUUCUAAGCCUUGAAUAUUUAUGGAAAUUAACUAUAAACAUUUAAUUAUUGUGGAUUCCAAUAUGUGUGUUUCUUUAAAGAAGGGGGGGAUGAAAAAAAUUCAGCAACUUUUACAAUUUGUUACAUCUGUUUUUUUUUUUUUGAGACAGAAUUUGAUUCUUGUCACCCAGGCUGGAGUACAAUGGUGCGAUCUCAGCCCAACGCAACCUUUGCCUCCCAGGUUUAAGUGAUUCUCCUGCCUCAGUCUCCCGAGUAGCUGGGAUUACAGACACCCACCACCACACCCAGUUAAUUUUUGUAUUUUUUUGGUAGAGACAGGGUUUCACCAUGUUCGCCAGGCUGGUCUUGAACUCCAGACCUCAGAUGAUCCACCCACCGUGGCCUCCCAAAGUGCUGGGAUUACAGACGUGAGCCAACGCACCAGGCCUACAACUGCUUUUCAAAAAAAAAAGACAGCCCUCAGAUUUACUUAGCUGUUUUUUGCCAUCCCUUGUGUAUACACUGGUAAUCUGUAUUGUACUUUAUUAAUAUUGUUGAUUUCACACUGUAGCUCAGCUAUAAAAGAAACCGACGUCAAGGGGAGAGAUUUAAUCACAGAAUAAUCAGGGCUAGAAUUUUAAAUAGGACAUCAUUAGCAUGUUAAUGAAUUUUCCCACCUUAUGCCAGCUGCCUGAGUAGAAAAGAUACUGCAGAUGUAGCUCAAAAAUCUGGCUGGGUCUAUGGCCCAGUGAGCUGUCAGGAAUCUGUGUGGGGGGGAUCCAUAAGCUAGGGAAAGAGAUUCUCAGUGAGAAUACCAAGCAGCAAGAUUCAUUUUCCUGAGCAUGAUGGCUAACUGUGCCCAGCCUAAACUCAUUUGUCUUUCAGUGAGUAAGUGGAGAAUGGAAGGCAGAGAAGGGGCAGUUUAAGGAUAAUGAAGUUUGAGUAGAGGCAUCUUUCCAAUUAUGGUUGGGGUUAGGAACUUUUGCUUUAGAUAGAAAAGUUGUAAGUUCACAAUGACAAGAUCCUGCUCUAAUUUUUGGAACUAUCUCAUAAUUUUUGAGCUUGAAAUAGCUAAUGAAAGGAAGCAGGAGUGUCUUAGUGCAUUUGUGUUGCUAUAGAUGAAUACCUGAGGCUGGGUCAUUUAUAAAGAAAAGGGAAUUCUUUGGCUCACAGUUUUUCAGGCUACAUACGAAGCAUGGUACUGGCAUCAGCUUCUGGUGAGGGUCUCAGGCUGCUCCCACUCAUGGUGGAAGAUGAAGGGGAGCUGGCAUGGGCAGAUCACAUGGUGAGAGAGGAAGCAAAAAGGGAGAGGAGGAAGAUGGUACACUCUUUUUUUUUUUUUUUUUUUUUAACAAUUACCUCUUCCAGAAACGAAUAGAGUGACAACUCACUCAUUGAUGACCAAGCUAUUCGUGAGGGAUCUGCCCCCAUGACCCAAACACCUCCCAUUAGGCCCCACCUUCAACAUUGGGGGACUAAUUUCAAUAUGAGGUUUGGUGGUCAAACCAAGAAACUAUAGCGGUGACAGAUUAUACUGAGAUUGGUUUAAGUUCAUGGGUGCAGCUACUUGCAGAAUUUUACUUCACACCUAUUAUGAAAAUCUUUUAGUUUAGAAAUCCUGUGAGUUACCAGUUCUGCAUAUAUAGGCAGUAAUUCUUUUUUCCAUAUAUAUAUAUAUCAGAUAUAUGUAGAAGAAACAUUUGUGAAAAAGUAGAAUGAAAGAAUAAAAUCUAUGGGUCUCUUUUAUUGGCAGGGACAAGGAGGUAAUGGAGAACCAGGAAAAUAUAUAUAGCAAAGAUAAAAAUAAUAAAAUUAACAACAAUAAAAUUAAAAAACAAAGACAGAAGAGAAUGCCAAUGACAAGUGUUAAUUAUUUGGUUGAGAAUAUGAUGUUAUAAUGAACUUCCUAGAAGUCAGACCAAAAAAGACAGUUGAAGUAUCAUCCUUCCUCAAAAGCCACUUGAAAAUCAUAGGUUUCUGGGAAAUCAGAGUGGUGCUAAAUUCUUAAAGACAAUUAUCUUGAAAGCACAUUGGAAAGUCCUCCUGAACAGAUUUAUAACACAUGCAAAAGCUCUUUUACUUGUGCUAUUAUUUUUUAACGUUUAAUUUUAGGUUCAGGGGUACAUGCGCAGGUUGGUUACAUAGGUAAAUGGCAUGUUGUCGGGGUUUGGUGUACAGAGUGUUUUAUUACCCAGGUGAUAAACAUGUUAUUUGAUGGUUGUUGCCAACUACCUCUGGAUAAAAACAUGUUAGGGGUCCCUUCAAAGCAGGAGAGACUGUGGAUAGGAAGGACUGAAACCACAUACACAUUUUAGAUAUGUAGGUAUGUACAGUUUUUCCCACAAAAAGAUCCAGUUUUUCAGCAGAUUUUUAGAGGCGUCAUUCUAGGAUUUCCCAAAUUUUAAGAAACAUUAAAGUAUUACACUACGAAGGUGAAUUAGGGCUUGGGCUAGUGAAGUUUAAGUACAACAUCUUCCAGUGUCUGAUACUAUGCCGAGAUGUAACUUGGUACCAGAAAAGUGGCUAGAGGACAUAUAGUGGAGACUCACCAAAUGUCGCUUCUUUCCUCUGAGCUUUGGCUAAGACCUACGUAUAAGACAGCUCAGCUCUCUGGGCCAGAAUGGCGAUAGCGCUCUUGAUACUGAGGGCAAAGCUGUCUGCUUUGGAACCAGGUGAGUGUUGUGGUGCUGUGUGUCAAGAAAUGUAGAUGCUUAUAUGGGAAACAGGUAUGUGUCUGCCUUUCCAAAUUCUAAAUCUUCGGUCAUUUAGAUUAAAAAAAAAAAAUACACCAAAUAGGAUCUUUUGGAGGAAAUAAAAAGUUCAAAAUCUUUUCCCUCAGGUUUUUUGAUAGGCUGAUGUUUUACAUAUGUAAUCAUUUAUUUUUUUUUGCCUUAUUGAUUACUUUAUCACUUUAUCAGGACCCUGAUUAAAUGUUUGUGUUUUUAAAUUCUCUCCAUUUUUUUCUUUCCAGUUACAUCCUUGCAUCACUAUUAGUGUGAUUAUUUCCCUUCAGCCAGUUUUGCCUGUGAAUUUCUAAGCUUGAAAUUUGCAAUUAACUUUCUCCCUCCUUUACUAAGUCGCUGUGCUAAUUCUUCUGGGAGGCAUCCCAAUACAGCGCAAAAAGCCUGGGUUAGGAUGUAGUGGGUGUGCGUUUAAUUUCAGCAUCUGGCAUAUAUAACAUCAGAACGUGAGGCUUAAUGAAUGAUCUUCAGCAAGUCACUGAAUUUUACCUGAGUCUCAAUUGCUUCAUAUAUAAUACCGUAAAACCAAAUCUUGAGGUUGCAUUUCUAUCCAUCCGUCCAUCCGUCCAUCCAUCCAUCCAUCCAUCCCUCUGUCCGUCCGCCCGUCUGUCCACCCAUCCAUCCAUCCAUCCAUCCAUCCAUCCCUCUGUCCGUCCGCCCGUCCGUCCACCCAUCCAUCCAUUCAUCCCUCCUUUCAACCACUAUCUAUUGAGUACUUACAAUAUUCUGGCGCCAUGGCAGGUCCUCAUGGUCCAGCUAUGAAUCAAUAGUCCCUGUUGGCUGCUGAGGUCCCUUUUUACUCUAGCCCCUUGUAUAUGAAUUUCCAUAAUUCAAUUUAUACUUUGUUAAUUUAUUUCUUGCUCUCAACUACUUUUGAUCUCCUUUUCCCACUUUUAUCCAUAUACAUUUUUUAGAAGUCCCUACCAUUGUUAUAUCUUUUUUCACUUGUCUCUCUACUUGUUUCUAUCCUCUCCUAAAAAUACUUACGUCAUUUACCCCCCUGGGUGGAAAUGCAAUGAUGUUUUCAAUUAUAUUUCAUACCAAAUUGCAACAGGCAGGUUUUUAAAACAUGCUAAUUCAUUUAGAGCAGGAGCUUCACUCUAUGUAAUAGGGUGGGUGCCUGUGUCUCUUAAAUAUCUGCCAGAUUUUCUGCUUUGUAGAUUAUUCUUACUAACCAGUACCUAUUAGAGUCUCUUUGUACAUUUCAUAUGAACUCUGGGCUUUGAUAAUGUUGGUAGACACAUGUAUUUACACACUUAUAUAAUAUCCUCAAGAUUAAGCUAAGAAUGGUGGUAGGUGGAACUUCAUGAUCUUAAAGAAGAGUCUAUUUGUCAUAUUUUGGGUAAGGGGAUUUGCCUGGGGACCAAGUCAUGUAUUGCAGAACAUUUCACAUCCCUGGUCAUUGCCUGCAUCCAACUCUUCUUCCCAUCCUCAUUUUUCAAUGCCCCUAGGUAUGAGAUGACACCCUCAGUUAGCCGCACAACUUCAGCAUAUGCUUUAAGUUUUAUUAUCAUCCAUAUGCUUUGGAAAAUAUGUUAUUAUUAUUGUGAUCAUUAGAACUUACCUGGAAUUAAUAGAACCUAAUUUUGUUAUUCAUGUUAUCUUUUAUGUAGAUCCUUAAAGGUUUAAAACUAAGUUAGUUGCAGAUUUCUUCUUCCAUUGCUCCUUACUGUGAUAUUCAGCAUGUGUUUCUUGGGCACAGAUUUCUAUGUGCACAGAUGAGCCAUAGCUGUUGUGGAUUGAAUGUGUUCUUUGAAGAAAAGGAAUGAUCCCUUGUAUGAAGUCACCCUCUUUUAAGUAACAAACACUUAUCCCUUUCUUUUUGAUUCUCAAGCCCUUGAGAACCAAUCACUGUGCUAAGGCUUGACAUACUUUAGUCAGUCUCAUCCUCUGGACCACUGUGGUGCGAGCUCCGCUGGAAUCUCUGUUUUCCAGAUGAAGAAGCUGAGGUUUAGGAAGGAUCCCACCACAGAACCUCCAGGGGGCAAGGCCACCAUCUGGAUCCUCUUUACCUGUCAUUUUGCCUUCGACAUUGCUUUAUGUUCUUUAUGAAGUUGAUUCCUAACGUCAUUCUCUCUAUUCAUCCCUCAACCUCAUUGCCCUACCUAAAUACCACACCUGUACAUUAAUUACAAUAUUGAUGAUGUUGAACACCCUGAAGAGAUGGGUAAUUUUUUUUCAUUUUUGAAAUUUUCAAGCACCUCCCUAUAUUUUGUGCCUGAAAUGAUGAUCCACUAUCUGCCAUUUUGCUAUAGCAGAUGGAUAACUUAACUCAGUAGUAGGAAGUUCUGUAGGUUAUCGCCCUUAUGAAACUCCUAUCUUUUGUAUUAAAACCUCAAUUCUUUAUUUCUGAAGGGUGACUAAGAGGAACUUGGCAUACUACCAUAAAUCAGAAAGAAGCUGAACUGUAGCAAUUUAAUUGGAUACAUAUUUCUUAACUUCAAAACAGUUUUCUAUAUAUUUUCAAAGGCUAGUUCUGCUUCCUGUUCUAAAAUGCUGAAAUGUCAGUGUUUUCCUUUGUAUUCCUGUAAGUAAGUGCAUUGGUUAUUAGAUUGAUACAUUACUCAGUUUCUGGUAAAGAAGUAGUUAGAAGCCCUGUUUGAUUCUAAGAAUUUACUGAUUUGUCAUCCAUUUACUAAUUUGCAAUUCAACUUGCAACAUGUGAUGGCAAUCAUUCUAGGCUUCUUUUGAGUGAGUUUUGAACUUUAGUUAAAUAAAACAACAUUUAAAAUAUUCUUUUAUUUAUUUAUUUAUUUUUAUUUUUUUAUUUUUUGAGACGGAGUUUCGCUCUUGUUACCAGGCUGGAGUGCAAUGGCACGAUCUCGGCUCACCGCAACCUCCGCCUCCUGGGUUCAGGCAAUUCUCCUGCCUCAGCCUCCCGAGUAGCUGGGAUUACAGGCAUGUGCCACCAUGCCCAGCUAAUUUUUUGUAUUUUUUUUUUUUUUUUUUUUUAGUAGAGACGGGGUUUCACCAUGUUGACCAGGAUGGUCUCGAUCUCUUUAAAAUAUUCUAUAAUUUAGGAUUUUCAGGAAGGAAGGUUGAUUCUUUAUAAACCAAAUUUGAUUUUGUGAGAUUUUUGCAGAAUUUAGUUUUACUUGCGCUAAAUAUGACAUCUUUUAUGUGGUCACAGUUUUUUCAAUGAUUAAUUUGGUAAGAAAUAUUUUGUUUUCCUUCUUGGCAUUGCCAUGAGUUACGGCUUCCUGUACACACCCCUGCCAUUUUAGCUGUGUACUUCUUUGAAGCUGCCAUAUGUUAACAACCCAAGAGAGAUGCUAUUUAUUGGAGAGAGCAUCAUUUGUUGCUAAUUUGAUUUUUCAGAUUUGCUGAGCUCUUGUAAAAGAGAGAGGGUAUGCUGAUGAAUGUUUUCCUGCCCUGACUGGAAAGGAAAACAUUUGAGGAGCCAGUGUUCGCUGCCCUGGACCCAUUCUACUUUAGUCCUGUUAUGUUUUGGACUUGGGGAUAGCCAUUCUGUCUAAUCCACUUUUCUGUAAUUGGAGAGGAUGGAUCACUGUAGGGGUGGACAACCCUGAGUGAAUGCAUUGAAAUUUAAUAUUUAUGGCCAGUACAAAAACCAGCAAGAAUUGCUUAAGGAUUUACUGACUUGGCAUCAUCAAAAAUUUAUGAGGCAGGCAUGCUCAUAUUCCACUUGCCUGCAUAGUCAUAGAAUGUCAUUUUAUUUUUCUUUUGACAUUAUAGUUUCUGGAGUCUUAACUCAUUAACAACUGAUGGCACGCUUUGCUUUUUGGCUUAAUUAUAACCAAAUUUUAUUUGCCAAAUGGUGUUUAAUUUUUGGUGUAUUAAUUAUUAUGAAUGUCUCUCUUUUCCUGUUUUUUAUGACUGCUUUACACUUCAUGUGUCCCCAAAUCUUAUAUUUUCCUUCCCCAACAAAGAACCAAAUGCAAUUAUAUUAUGAUUGCAUGGUCUGUCAAUGAAUGGAGCUCUGUCUUGUUUGGACAAUGUGACUGAAAUCUUGAGCUUCUUUGUAACUCUGAAUUGGAUCCAGCAUUUGACUUUGGUUAUAUGUACCAAUUACGUUGAGUGAGACACAUACAUUGGAAUUUGGCAAACAUCUGUGUACCCUUCACCCAACUCCCUUGUUCUCAGAGACUGAGUAAUAGUAGUGGCUGGAUACCAACUUCAUGUCUGCCCUAAGAAGGUCACCAAACACUGACAUUCCCCACUGGUCUGGAAUCCUGCAAAUCCGUCAGCUUUUGGAAGUGAAGUAAUUCUCCCCUACAGAUUAUAGAGAAAUUCUCCCAAGUCAAAGCUUAUGAAACUUCUGGAGUCACUCUAGGAUAAAUUUAAAUUUAUUUCAGAAACCACCAUAAGCAUAAAAUAAAAAUUUUUUAAUGAAUGAAGAAUGUUCAUCAUACAAUUUCCGUAACAGCACCCCUGAUUGCAUUUUUAGCAUUCUCUUCUGUGCUUGCAGCAUAGGCAGACUUUUUUCACACUUAUACUGAGAAUGCAGAUGCAAUUUUACAUCAUCUAUCUGUCCUUAACCUUACAGGACCAUAGUGAGACCAUCACACCACUUAAUCCUCAUGACUAUACUUUGAGACAAAUUUAUUAUUCCCAAUCCACAGACUUGUGAAACUGAGGCUCAGUGAAUUAAGAAAGUUGCUCAGGUUUCUGUAUAUGGAAGGUAAAGAACUGUAAUGAGACUCAUCUGUUUCAUUUCAGAGCCAUACUCUUCAUUAUACACUUCUGUUUCCCUGUUCGCAAUAUAGUAUUUCAGUGUGUGACUUAUUACGUACAUGACACUCCAAGAAUCAAUAUACUGUAACUUCCUUAACUACCUCCUCAUUCUGAGGUGUUUAAUGAUCAUUUCAUGAAUUUCUUUCAGAAGAUGAAGUGCCAAGAUUGGAAUUAAUGACAGAAAGAGUGCAGUCAUUUUUAUGGCUUCAUACAUGCUGCAGAUUGACUUUCAAAAGGAUUAUAGCAAUUUAAUUGAUACUGCCAAUCCCUCCUUUCUAAUAUUAUGUAUUAUUUCUUUAAAAAUUAUUAGUAUAAUAACAAUAAUAGACUGGUAUAUAAUUCAUGCCUUGUUUUUGCAUAUCUUUGACUAAUAACACUGAAAUUGUUUUUUUGUGCCUUUAUAAUUUUUCUUUUUGAGACAGGGUCUCACUCUGUCACCCAGGCUGGAGUGCAGUGGCAUGAUCUCGGCUCACUACAACCUCUACCUCCAGGGCUCAUGUGAUCCUCCCACCUCAGCCUUCCAAGAAGCUGGAACUACAAGCAUGUGCCCCCAUGCCCAGCUUAGUAGAGACGGGGUUAUGCCAUGUUGCCCACACUGGUCUCGAACUCCUGGGCUCAAGUGAUCCACCUGCCUUGGCCUCACAAAGUGUGGGCAUUGCAGGAGGAAGCUGCCAUGCCAGGCCUAUUUUUUUUUUAUUGUGUGUUGCCCAUGUCUUUUGUCUAUUUGUUUUAUUUUGAAGGUGGCACCUAAUGGCUUUCUUCUCUUUAUAUAAUAUGGUUAUUAAUAUUUUUUUCUAUUUGUGUGUGUGUGUGUGUGUGUAUGUGUGUGUGAAAUUAACCCCUCAUCAUGAUUAAUCAUGAACCAAGAACAAAAUCUUUAUAAAAAUAAUAACAUGUUGAGGUAACAGUGUAGAAUGGAUUUUAAAUUUCUUAAGGCAUUAGGUUGCAAAUGAUUUACUAAACAACAUAGCCCAGUGUUCCUGAGUGGAGGCAUCCCAUUUCAACUCUGUGUAUUAAUAUUCAUUGGACCUGGCCUUUCAAACAAAUGUGACAUUCAGGGAGCUACUGCACUUGAGACCUUAAUAAACCAGUUUCACUUUUUUCAGUAAAUCUGUGUAAGGCAUUAUUUUACAUUUUCUCCACCAUUAAAAUACAGACACUGAGAGAAGUACUCAGUAUCCUACCCAUUACCUUAUUUUUCUUCAUGAUGCAUCUCAUGUUUUGUACUUUACUGUCUUUGGCUUUUUUUUUCUUUAUUAUUUCCCAUUUUCCUAAGUUGAUCCAUUAGAAAAACAACUCCUGCCCACGGGACUAAUUUUUUUCCUCCCAGAAGCAUGCUGUUAUUUCAUAGGUGAACGGAGAGUGUCUUGAUGGUGUCUGUGGCCCUUGAAGCUGCAGUUUAAGGGAGGGGGUUCAAAGAAAUGGUAGAGAAAGGUCGUCCCUGUCCUGGAAGGAUGCCAGACAGGAUAACCUUUGAAACUGUCACCAGGGGCAUGAAAAACAGGUUUGCAACAGUUUCCUACCCUCCUCUGCACAAAUGACACACAGCAUUUGGUAUUAAGGCAAAGAUCCUUUUCCACUGAUGAUAUGUAAUCAUAAAUCAUAAGAAAUUUCUCUGAUUUGGGACUCAGGAAGGCACCUUUCUACCUGUUGCAGCUGUUGGGAGUCAAAUUCUCCCUCCAUCCCAACCACAUCUUCCCAAGGCUUUUGGCAGCUCCCGCUGCCUUUCACAUUCUCCUCUCCACCUUUGGACUAUCCCAUAUCCUUAUCUAUCCACAAAUUCACUCCCUAUACUCCUUUCCUGCUUAAUCAGGACAGCUCCUCUGACCACCUUGACUUCCCACGAUGUCCACGUGCUCUGGAUGAAAUGCGCUAAGCCCUGCCAGGUCCCUGUCCCUGUGAUCUGAGUCAGGCCCCAGUGACUCUCCUGUAUACACAUCCUCUGUCCUCCUUGGACCCAUAUUUAUAGUCAGUCUCUCUGUUCCCAUCCUGCGUGGCACUUGACCUGAUGCUGGGAAGGUAAUCAUUAUCCCUCCCUUAAGGUUCCAGGAUUAUUCAUUCCGUUUUGCCACGUCUAACGUAAUAUUUAAUAUCAUCUAUGAAGAAGCCUGAAGACUAUGAGUAAAUGCUCUCGUUGGUACUGAAAGGGUUUUAUGCCAUAUGAAAUUUAGAGAACAUGUUUUCUCAGGAGGUCUGACGUUAAUGUUAAUCGUGAGCCCCAAAGUGGAAGCUUUUAUAUUUUAGCAUAAUGAAGUUUACCGUGUGUUUCAAAGUCACUUGCAAUUGUGCUUCUCAUAAUGACAAUUAGAAAGGUCAUCUCGUCUUGCCAGUCUCCAUUAGAUAUAUAAACCAGCUUGUAGCUGUCACUGUGAAAUAUGUUAAGGCACUUGUAUGCAAAUACAAGGGGGGACACGAUAUUUUUUAUCCCAAAGUGCAGCUGUUUAUAACUAAUUACCAAACAUGGAACAAGCCUAUUGUUUGCCUUUACAUGAUAUAUGGGCAUAGAAAUUUCUAAAGCAAAUUCUCUCAUUCAUUAAAUUAUAUGAAGUUGGCCAGGCACGGUGGCUCACGCCUGUAAUCCCAGCACUUUGGGAGGCUGAGGCAGGUAGAUAACAAGGUCAGGAGAUCAAGACCAUCCUGGCCAACAUGGUGAAACCCCGUAUCUACUGAAAAUAUAAAAAUUAGCUGGGCAUGGUAGCGCAUGCCUGUAAUACCAGCUACUCAGGAGGCUGAGGCAGGAGAAUUGUUUGAACCUGGGAGGUGGAGGUUGAAGUGAGCUGAGAUGGUGCCACUGCCCUCCAGCAUGGGCGACAGAGUGAGACUCCAUCUCAGAAAAAAAAAAUUAUAUGAAGUCACCCUCUUCCAUGAAGCAUAUGGUGAGGUCCUCAAAGCACCAAAUAAAGAAAGUUGUCAUGAAGACACUAGUGUAUUUCUGAUCUAUAUUUUUUUCUGCCUCUCUCAAAAUAUUUAUUAUCUCCAUUAAAGUUUGGAAACAGUUAUUCUAUUUAACUCUCUACACGUGAGCCUUCACGAACUGAUGGAGCAAAGGUGAAACGAAAGGGAGAAGGUGAGGAGGUGGCCUAAGUAAUGUGUUCUUAUGGAACUUGUAGAGGGAUAAACCUCCGUUAGAACCAAAGCAGAUAAUUCUUGGGGAACUGAACCAUGUCAGUGCGGGUGUGGGUUGUGGGAACUGAUGCUGGAGAAAAACAGUUCGUAAUCUGGCCUGGGAAUGGCAAGUUGGGUUGCCACGAUUGAAAUGUUAAUACACUUUUUGUAUGAAUGUCCUUUCAUUUAUGCCUUUUGUUCUCUAAGCUGCUUUGCUCUGAAUUAUGAGAGACAGGCUAAACUUCACAAUCCAAGCCUUUAGAAUUUACAAACAUUUAUCAAUAGAUAAGCAAGAUAGGUAAAAGUCCUGGAUUCAUUAAUGCACACCCAUGGUCUCUAUAGUUUUGACAUUUCUUAGUUGGGAGAAUGUGGGAGAAGAACCCUGUGGCCCAUGAAACAUUUGACUGUUGACAUUUCAUACUAUUCAAAUGCUUUGAUUUAAAAAAUUAAUCUAUGAAUUUAACAUAUUCAUGGGCUGCAGACACUGCAGAGAGCUACCUUUUCCUGGCCUUUGUGUUUGAGCUGUUUUCUGGUCGCUGAAUCGCCCAUCUAUCUGGAAUGGCUUGUGUUCAGGUUUUCCAGAGGCAAAGGAUGACUCCAUAUUCUUCAAGGAACUUUCUAGGCAAAUAAAUUUAUUAUUUUUUUUAAUGUUAAAAAUGAUCCUCUUUAUUAAGACUGAUAGAAAGACAGGAAUAAAUAAUUUUAAUAGCCCUGUGACACAUAAAUGGAGGAAAAAACCCUCUCCAUGCUUAUGUAAAUAGGAAGGAAAAGAACUACAGCAUGAAUAUAGAAAAGGACUUCUUUCCUCCUUCUUCUACUCUCUUGUUUUUUGCCCUUUGCCUAAAGCUGUUAACAUUGGGUGAGUGUCCCUGUUGUCAUCUUGCAUCAUACCUCACAUUCUGUUUGAUGUUGAUAGGGAUGGAUAUCUGAGAGUCUAUAUGAAGAGUUGUAUGUAAGUUUAUGUAAGGCCCUUUCUUUGCUUCUAUGUUGUUGCUCAUUAUAUGGAUGCAUUUUAUAGUACUUUGAGCUUAUGUUUAAAACACCUGUGCCGCAGUGGACCCUUGUGUCACUGCCUGGCCUCUUAUUCAGAAACCUUAGCUGUCCCUCAAUUCCGACAACACAUGUUGAGUGCCUCUCAGGUGCCAGCCACUGUAAUAGGCACUGGGGAGUGGAAGGGUGACAAGAUGUGAUUCCUGACAUCUGGAGGUUUGCAGUUGCUGGUGGAAAAGGCACACGUACACAGCAAAUAAGGCACGACAUGUUGAAAGGUGAAAUGAAGCAAUAAACAAUGGGCAUCAAGACAGCAGAGAUAUAGACAACCAAGGAUGCCUUCGAGGAGCCAGGGAAAGCUUCACAGAGGAGGCAGAGCAUGUGCCAUGGCUGGAGGGUAGAAGGGGCAGAAAUACUGUUGUAUUAGGGAGGAGGUGAGCACAGACUCAGAGGUCAGGGGAACGUGGCACGUCUGGGGAACAGAGAUCCAGUCCCAGCCCUGCCACUUAACAGCUGUGUAACUUUGAGAAAGUUUACUGAUCUCUCUGAGUAUGUUUCCUCCCAUGUAAAAUAGAAAUACUACUAAUGCUAAUGUUGACCUCUUAGGACCAUGAGUAGAUGAAGUAAUAAUACAUGUAACAACCUUGGCUUAGUGCACUGGCAUAUCAUAAGGACUCUGUAAAUAUUAGUUUGCAUGAUUAAUGAUCUGGCUGGACUGAAGGGUGCAAGAGUGAGAAUGGUAGGAGACGAGGCUGGAGAAGUGGACAGAACCAAACCAUGAGUACCUUUUCACCAGGCUGCAGUUUUCAAGAUUUUCCAAAGGUCAUGGCUAGCCAUUAAAAUAAAUUGAUGUCUGUAUCCUUCACCGUUCCUGAACAUUCUUGUAUUACAAUUGUGUUAGUCUGUUCGCAUUUCUAUAAAGGAAUACAUGAGACAGGGUAAUUUAUAAAGAAAAAAUGUUUAUUUGGCUUAUGGAUCUGCAGGCUGCACAUGAAAUACAGUGCUGGCAUCUGCUUCGGGCAAGGCCUCCGGAAGCUUACCAUCAUGGCGGAAAGGGCAGGGGAGCCAGCGUAUCACAUGGUGAGAGAGGAACAGGAGCAACAGGAGAGGUGGAGGUGCCAGGCUCUUUUUAAACAACCGGAUCUUCAGUGAACUUAUUACCACAGAAAGGGCACCAAGCCAUGCAUGGAAGAUCCGCCCCCAUGACACAAACACCUCCCAUCAGGCCCCGCCUCCACCACUGGGGAGCACAUUUCAACAUGAGAUUUGGAGGAGGCAAACAUGUAAACUGUAUCAAAAGUAGACAAUUAAACACAGUCUUAUAUAAAUGUUCUAUCUUUGGAAAAAGAAAAAGCCCAAGCACUGCAUACCUAUUGUAGCUCAGAUAAAGAAUACUGACACCACCAAGUGCUGCCAGGAAGCUGGAGCAGCCCAGUUUCUCAUUCGUCUCUGGUGGGACGUACCAGUACCGCUGGUGGGGAUGUGGCAGUAGAGCCAUCUGGAAGACAGUGGCAGUGACUUUUGAAGUUAAAUGUUACACUUGCCAUGUGACCUGGCAGUUCCACUCCUAGACACUUAUUUAUCCUAUAGAAAUAAAAAGUUAUAUCUCACAAAACUAUAAUGAAUAUUUAUAGCAGCUUUAUUCAUAAUUGCCUAAAACUGAAAAGAAGUUGAAUGUCCUUCCCUGAGUGGAUUCCCUGAGUGGACAGAAUAACAAACUAUGGUGCAUUGAUAUAAUGGAACAUGACUCGGUAAUAAGGAGCAAAUGAUUAAUAUACACAACAACGUGACUGCAUCUCAAAUGCAUUGUACUGAGUGAAAGAAACCAGUCUCAAAGGCUACAACUGCAGCAUCCUAUUCAUAUGAUGCCCUGGAAGACAGACCUCUAGGGGCAGGGUUUAGGAGUUGGGAGAGGGGCUGGGGAAGGGCCUGAUUAGAAAUAAACAGCCCAGGGGAAUUCUUAACGGGCCUUAGAAUUGUUCUGUAUCCUGUUUGUGGUGAUGGUUACAAGAAUCCAUGUGGCUAUGAAAGCCCAUAGAACUGCACAAGUGAAUUUUACUGUGUGAAAAAUUUAAAAAUUUUUUUAAAACUUGAGAAUGUAUGACUCGUUCACCACGUGCAUGACCUCUUUUAUCUCAGUAAUCCUCUCUAUGAGGUUGAUGUUCUUGUUAUAGGUUGAGCAUUCCUAAUCUGAAAACCCAAAAUCUGGAAUGCUCCAAAAUCAUCUGAAACUAAUGUUGAGGGCUGAUCUGAUGCUUAAAGGAAAUGCUUGUUGGAACAUUUCGGAUUUUGGAUGUUCAGAUUAGAGAUUCUCUGCAGGUAAGUAUAAUGCAGAUAUUCCAAAAUCUGAAAAAAAUCUGAAAUCCACAAGCAUUUCAGAUAAGGGAUAUUCAACUUGUAUCACAAUUAGUGCAUUAUUAUCUACUACUAGUAUUAUUAUUAUUGACUAAGCAGAGGCUUUGUGAUGUUUGGCCCAAACCCACAUACUUUCUAGGGGGCAAAGCCUGGCACAAGCCAGGUGUGCAUACUCUCCAGACCCUGAUUGCCACAGCAUUGCGAGUGACCCCUCAAGGAGUCACAGAGUGGGUGGUAGACCCUUCUCAGGUUCUCGUCCAGGCUGUACCUCAGUUAUCCAGCUCUCUGGUCAGUGUCCUUGCUCUGUGCAUCAGGCUGGUGCACAUUUUACACAAGUGCAAAUGUUUUAAAUGCUCAGUAUCAGAGACAGAUUUGCCUGCGGAAUGUUUUCUAACCUCUUAACUUGUGCUGUUGACUAAGUUAAAUUUGGCUUAUUUUCAAGGAACUGCUACCUCCCUGGAGGGUUUUUAUGGUGACAUCAAUGAGAACCGUACUCAGUUUCUGUUCAAUUCAGAGCUUUAACUCAGUAUCCUUAAUAUCACUCAGGUUGUAAUGAAAGGCUGCUCUGUGACUGAGUAGAACUGUUAAUUAUUAAUAACUGUUAAUUAACUACAUAGUCAACCUGAGACCAGAGGGCAAGAGAUAAUUCCUCAGAGAAAGAAAAAAGAGCAAAAUGAUACAAGGUUGGAAAACAGUAAAAAGGGUGAAGAUAUUUAGUUCUUUUUGCACACUUUGUAAUGAUUUGUUUAAAUAUCUAUUUCCCUAGCCUCUGUGCUAGUUUUUCUUGUUGGGUUUUUUUGUUUGUUUGGUUUUGUUUUGUUUUUUGAGAGAGUCUUGUGUUGUUGCCUAGGCUGGAGUCCACUCAUGGCUCACGGAUGUCGGCCUGGUGAUGCAAGGAUGGCAGCAGAGCUUGGGGUGGGAAGGAGGUGGAGAUGAGGAUCAAGGUCCCCAGAGAAGGGGGAUGUCCUGGAUGAGAGCAAUGAGAAGGACAGCUGGGAGUGAAGCCGAACGCCCCGACCCUCCAAGCAGCAGCAGAUUAUGCCUGCAGUUAGAGUCACAUUAGGGACCUGGAGGACACUGACAGCUUGGGUAGGGGUGGAGAGUGAAUGUCCGAACUCGAGGAGGCUGCAAGUGCCAUGAGACUCUCCACGGACGACUAUGUCACUAUUAGAGCACAGAGGAGGAGGCAGCUUUAAGGAGGGACUGGGCGUGCAGAGCUUGGUAACCAGGGAUGGAGAUCCAGGCAGUGCAGCAAAGCCCAUGGAGGAGCCCACAGGACGGGACAGCUGUGAAGACACUGUCCACCCUGGAAUGCAGGCAGCGUCUUCACAGCCAUCCAGGGAUUUGGACCCAGGCCUUCCUAAGUGAGAGCUAUACUUUUUCCAUAAUCUCCACCACUACAUAACUGUGAAAAUUCAAAGUGGAAAAAGCGUCUGUCCUGGCUUUUCAUUGACAUUUUCAAAAGGAACAGAAAAUGGUCGCAUUCUCUUGCUUCUACAAUGCCAGUGAUUGUUUGAAGCAUCCCGGAUUUGACAACAGCUCCAAGGCGGGUAGACACUCACACUGUAGGUUCAUGUCAAUUCCAAAUCGCAUCUUUUUAAAUGCUGAAAAAUGAAAAAGGCAGUGCAUCCUAGUAUUUAAGGCCACAUAGUAAGUAAAAUGGGGGAGCAGUUUAACUGAAACCUGAAGAAACAUCACGAGUUUUUUUGUUUUAUGUUUCUUAGCUGAAAGUAACUCAAGCAGGAUAACGUGAUGAGGAAACGCAGGCAUUUGCCUGAGAUUAGUUCAGGAACUGUUGGAAAAGAACUCUGGGAUCGGGCAGAACUGGAGUUCAGAUUGCUAGCUUGAAGGACUUUUAAGUCCAAUUUAAGAUUUGGAGAGAGUUAUAAAGGUUAAGCCAGCAUUUAUAAGAACGUGCUCCAAUUAGAGAAGUACAGGAGAAUUUGCUGUUUCAUCUGUGCCAUUAUAAAGAUCAUUGUUCUUAAAUUUACAUUAGUUUGCUAGGCCUGCUGUCACAGAAAUCCACAGACCAAGUGGCUUGCACAACAGAUGUCUAUUUUCUCCCAGCUCUGAAGGCUGGAAGUUCGAGAUCAAGGUGUCAGCAUGAAUGAUUUCUCCUUUAGCCUUUCUGCUUGGCUUGUGGACGGCUGUCUUCUCCCUGUGUCCUCCCUCACAUGGCCUUCCCUUUGUGUGUGUCUGUGGCAUCUCCUCUUUUCAUAGGGACACUGAUCAGACUGGUUUGAGGCUCACCCUCUUGACCUUGUUUCCAUUUUAUCACCUCUCCGCAGACCUGUCUCCAAGUGCAGUCCCAUUCGAAGUGCCAGGGAUUAGGGAUUCAACGUAUAACUUUUGGGGGAGGAUACAGUUCAGUCCAUAGCAGCCAAUUCCAUACCUCAUUUUAUAAGAAGAGAAUUUAAAAUCAGAUCCUUGCCUAACACUCUUCUGGUCACACACAGAAAAUAAUUCAGAAAGUUACCUUGGCUACUCAGCCUCAUGUGGCUGGAUCCUCCGUUGCUGUGCAGCCUCACUCGACCCUUCCCCGUCUCUCUCCUUCACAUGCUGGAACUUUCCUUACACGUCUGCAAGCAUUGAGCUUGUUCAUACCUUCAGCCUCAUCCUCAGAUGUCUUCUCUUCAGUUUCACAUGGCUCUAUCCUUUUGCCUUUUCGGCCUCAAGUUAAAUCCUGUUUCUCCAAGAAGUUUCCCUGACCAUCCAAUGGAAAGCAGCCAUCCAGCAAUGCCAGAUCCUGUGACCCUGUCUCAGUGCUCAGCGUGGUGCUUAUUGCUGGCCGACAGGGCCCCGUUUAUCUUGUCACCAGUGUUCCCAGCACUGAAGCAAUUCCCCAGCAGAUAGUGUCACUCAAGUAUUUGCCAAGUGAAUAAAUAAAAUCAGAAGAGUUAGAAAGACAUGAAGAGAGCUGGGAAGAAUCUGGAUGUUCUUGAAGUCCAAGACUUUGUUUUUUUAGGUGGGAUUCAUCAAAAGGAGGCAGUUUGCCUGAAGUCCCACCUUUGGACAAAGAGAGAAGCAGGGCUGAUCUGACUCCAGGCCUGUCUGUGACCUUGAUUGUUUUAACAAGCAGAGGGUAUUUUUGUACACAGUGACUUGGAGAUAUAUAUCAAUGCUGCCUUUCUUCCUUGUCCCUUGCAUGACAGGUCCUGUGUCUUAGGUUAAGUUUGGGGCAGCACUAAACUGUGCCACUAGACUAUAUCCCAUGGAGCAGGGAUUAUAAUGUAUUCAUACCCUGCAGUGUUGGCACAUAGAAGCCAAACUGUAAAUGUUUGCUGAGUGAAACAGUGAAUAAAUGAGUGAAUAUUUAAAUGACAAGAAUUGACAGUCUUUUGAAGUUUCUGUAGAGUGGUGCUUCUCAAACUUCAACGUGCAUCUGAACCAUCUAGAAAGCUAGUUAAAAUGCCAGUUAUGACUCAGGAAGUCCUGGGUAGCCUGAGAAUCUGCAUUUCUAAUGAAUGUCCAGGUGAUGCUAUUGCUGCUGUCCUUGCCUCUCCUUUGUGUAGCAAGGCUCUAGGAUGUGUGCAGGAAGGUCUGUCUUACAGGGUCAAAGAUAAUCUUGUGAGUUAACUAGUCAUCGAAAGACCCCGAUCACAUCUCACUUUGUCUAACAAAAUAACACAUGCAACUUUCAGCCAGUUACUUAAUCUCACUGAUCUUCAGCUUUUGUACAUAGGUGACUUGGAGAUGUAUAUCAAUGCCCCCUUUCUUCCCUGUCCUAUAUUAUGCCUGAUGCCAUGGAUCAAGUUUUGGGCAGUAUCAGACUAUGCCAUUAGUCAUAUCCUGUGAUGCAGGCAUUAUCUUAUAUUCAUACUCUGCAGUGUCUGGCACACAAAGGCCUUACUGUAAAUGUUUGCAGAAUGAAACAAUGAAUAAAUGAGUGAAUAUUUAAAAGACAAGAACUGACAGUCUUUUGAAGUUCACUUUUGAGGAACCUGGUCCAGAUAUCAGGAGAUAUGCUUUGCUGAGCAUGUAGUACCUGCUGAGCUUCUUGAUAUAUGUUAUGUCUACUUAUCACAACAAUCCUGCAGGGUGGAAUUGUUAUCCUCAUUUGGCACAAGAGGAAACUAGUGCUCAGAGAGGUUAGACAACAUGCCAAAGUUUCCGAAGUCAAUAGCCAGGAGCCACUAGCAGGGCUCUGAUGAUGAUGAUGAUGAUGAUGAUGAUGUGUGUGUGUGUGGUGUGUGCAGUAUACAUGUGUGUUUGCAUGUGGAUGUGUGUGUGUGCAUGUGUGUUUCCCACAUACCAUUUUGCUUGUUAAAUGAUCCUUUAGGUUCUUUCCAGGUGUAUGAUUUUAGGUCAAAGAUAAAGCAUGACGCAGCUGACUGUGAGCUGUCACUUAUUAUACAAGCUCAUGAAGGAGUCAGAUACCUUUUUGCUCCUCAAUAUAAUCUUUGUCUUCUCACCACCACACACACUGAUUUCUCUUCAGGAACUGAUUGCAUAUUCUCAUGAGCACAUAUACAGUUUCUCCUAGAGACUGUAAGAUUUUUAAGAGCAAGGACUGGGUCUUAGUUUCCAUUUUGUUCCCUACCAUGUUCAAUCCUUACUUGAUUCAGUGCUUUGAUUUGAACAGAACUUCAGAAGCACAAGACAGGCUCUGUUCAUUAAAAAGCUUCCAAAGCACUCACCAUGCAGUGCAAAGUGUCCCCAAUCUCUGCUUGCUUGAGGUUUCUCUCUCUUGAUGUGUGUGUGUGUGUGUGUGUGUGUGUGUGUGGAGUGAAAGAGUAAAUGGCUGUGGGAGGGCCAGGCCCCACCUGGAGAGGACUCUGGUAGUGUGCCAAGAGCAGGACUGCAUGAUUGGUGCAUGUGACAGGGUGCAGAGGAGGGGGAGGGGUCCCUGCAUGAUUGGGGGGUCUUCCUCUCAGCUGUCCCUAUUGUGUUGCCAUUGGCAUUCCUGUUACUGAUAGCUAAAUCAGGGAACAGAGGGCGGCGUGAGGUAGGAUCCUAUGACAUAACAACACACUUUAGGGAGUUACCGAUGAUCUCAGAGUUUACCAUGAAGUAAAUCUGUUGCCUUUUGAAAGCCAUGUCUGUCAGUACAGUGCUGGGGCCAGAGUUGUUUCACCUUGUAAACCAUAAAUUUCUCUCAUACGUCCUUGGGGUGAUGAAAAUCUGCCAGAGUUGCGGGGAGCAGAGAGAGAACCUGACGGAAUAUUCUGAAAUAAUUGUAGAUAGUAACAGGUGAAAAAAAUACACUGUAGAGAUAUCAGUCCUGUAUGAAUGCAAUGUAAGUUGUUGCUCUUUUAAGAAAUGCUUUUGGAGUUUUCCAUACAGAAUAAGAAGGAGAAGGAGGAAAAGGUGGAGGAGGAGGAGGGGGAAGGGGGGGGGAGAAAAGUGGAAAAAAGAGAUUUGUCUUGUAUGAAACAGCAAAAUAAUAUUCUAUCAGAAUUGUUUUAAAUAUGGCAAAAUAGGGGCACUUCUAUUUAAAGGGUAUGUCUUUGGUUUAUUUUUUAUUUUUACUUGUUCUGAUAGCUCUUCCUUUUGGAAAAGUCCGAGGCUUUGGCUGUCUGCUGUCUGUUUGGCCAUCAUCAGUAGAAGUGGGAACACAAAUAGCUCAUUGUUUUAAUUUUGGAUUUCCUUAGGCUGUCACUGUCACCUAGUCAUCUCAGACACUCUUACAGGGAAACCAGCACUGGCAGAGUGUGAAGGUCGUAGCAAGGGCAGCAGUGCUUCCCAGGAUCCCAUGCCUGGAGAGGUCGGCAUGCCCCUGACUUCUUAAGGGGACCUGCCUUCCACAGGACGAGCGCUUACUGAGUGCUUCUUCUGCACCUACCAUGCAUUCUCAUCUAUACCUUAGUUGUUGUUACCACAAAUAUCCUUACACAUCUGUGGCAUAUGGAUGACAAGAGCUUCUGAGUAUGUUUUUGAACUGUAUUUUCCUAAGGCAACUUCAAGUGCUUAAGAAUCCAGUGUUAUAUGGGUGGCUGUUGAUUCACAGCACUCUUCUGAGAGAGUAAUUUGCUGCUUUUCUCCAACUCUUAUGUCCUUGAGAAACCUGAAUGUACAGACGACUACCCGUACCUACGAAGCUUCCUCUCACAGGACGGAAAAGAUAAAUAUGCUGCAAAACGUGCUAUAGAACAGUCAGCCCUGAGCAGCAGGAAACCGAGUAGAAUUGCUCGCGUGGCCAAGCCCAGGCUCAGGAAGGUGUUCGCCCCUGUCGGAACUGGGUGGAAAUAAGACCAUUUUGCACCUCAAGUGCAAGUGCAGACCUGAAGGAAGAGUGAGGGCUCCCCCAGCACAGGUGUGCCCAUUUUACAGGUGCUAAGGCUGUGGCGGAGACAGAGAUGGGGAGAGGAGUUGGCUGUGAUGCAUCGUAAUAGAGCAGCUCACGUGUAAGGGCCAUGAGAAGUGAGGAUGGAAGGGCAGCCAGGCUGUGGCUAGUCUUCACGCAGCUCAGCUGAGUGGAAAUGCAGCAUGACCAGUGGAAGAAUGAGUAUUUGAGGAGGCAGAGUUCCCCACUCUUCUGAAGCUCUGUUUUACUAAAGGCUUAGAACAUAAAAUUGGAGCAUUGUUUUUGGAAUGGAGGGAGCAAAGUGUUAACCUGGACAGCUUUGGUGCACACGGUGAGAGGUUUACCAAGGGCUCACUCACUCUCCUUCAUAAGAGUGGCUGCUUAGGAGGAGGUCUGGCUCCUGUGAGAUGUGGGGCCUGUCCAGAACCUUCUGUUGCUACAGCAGCAGUAGCACUGUGAGGGAGGGAUAUUAUUUUUCAGUCAUGGAAGGGGACCACCGUCACUUAGCCGGUCUGUUGUUGACUAAAAUGUGGUUAGGUGGUGCGAGACUGGACUAGCAUUAAAGUGCUUCUGAACCGAGAGGGUAGAAUGGGAACAGGUACUGGCUUCCUGUUUUUCAGUCAAGGCUUUGAAAGGUUUGGUCACUUGCUUAAAAUCACACAGCUGGUGAGGGGUAUCAUGGGAUUAAACACCAGUCCGCUCAUCUCCGAAGGCCUGACUGACAAAAACAAGUUUCAAUUGAUUUUACCUUUCCUCUAUAAUAGACGAGGGAUAUCUCAUUUCAGAAUCUCUGAAGGUGACACUUGGAGUUGUUCAUUGAUUCGAUUACUCUGAAUCUUUAUUUCUGA